CUCCAGCAGGCAUGUGCGAACUUUUGUGGAUACGGGAGUCGGCCUCGGUAUUUGCAGGACAUAAUCUUUUUUCGGAACUUACCAUAAACGGGAUCCCGAACUACUGUGCUUAUUUCUUGCCUACUAAAGCUAGAGAUAGAGGUACAUGUAAGAUUCCAGUGUACUUCCACCCUCCCACCACUCCACGCUUACAAACAUCAACCGUAAUCCAAGUUGUGGCAGAUCCGCGUUGCCUUCAUACGUCGCAUUAUGACUCCAUCGGCAACUGAAAGCGUGUUGGGUGCAGUCCUACCUUCUACGACCCCAGUAUCGAGCUCGCAACUCUCUACAAUGUUCUCUCUUGCGGGUCAAACGAUUGCCAUCACUGGCGGUGGUCGAGGGCUUGGAAUUACUCUUGCUUCUGCUGUUCUCGAAGCAGGCGGCCAUGUAGCAUGCCUCGACAUCCUUCCCGAGCCGAGCAGUACAGAAUGGGCAACUUUGCAAAAACUCGCCAAGAAGACUUCGACCACAGCUUCGUACCGGAAGUGCGAUGUCACAAGCGAGGCAGACGUUACACAAGUCUUAGAAGAGGUAUCGCAGGAAGGCGAGGCGCGCGGCGCCCCGCUCCAUGGCAUGGUCGCAUGCGCAGGGAUUCAACAAAGUGUGCCAGCACUCGAGUACGAAGCAUCCGACUUUGAGCGCGUUCUGAGGGUGAACGUUGUCGGGGCCUUUAUAUCGGUAAAGAGAGCGGCGAGGAUCUUCAAGGAGAAAGAAACUGCAGGCAGCAUUGUGUUGAUCGCCAGCAUGUCAGGCCAGAUCGCCAAUAGGGGUCUGACCUGUACGGCCUACAACUCUAGCAAGUCAGCCGUUCACCAAAUGUGCCGAUCGCUUGCGCAAGAAUGGGGCCAGUACGGCAUCCGAGUAAACACACUUUCGCCUGGCUACAUUCGAACUGCAAUGACGGAUGAACUCCUUGCGGCCGACCCGGAGGUCGAGAAGACGUGGAUGGCAGGCGCGCUCCUAGGAAAGCUAGGCGUGCCGGAUGAUUUCAAGGCGCCAGCGAUAUUCUUGUUGGCUGACGGCAGUCGAUUCAUGACCGGUGCGGAUCUAAGAGUUGAUGGUGGUCAUUGUGCUGCAGCUUGAGAUUUAGAGACGGUUGGAUGAACGAGACACAGAGAGGGGGGUGUUUCUCUGCUCCCUUAUACUUUCUUCUAGAUUGGAAGCUUAGAUGGUCUGAACAGAAGAACAAAAAGGAACGACAAACUACACGUCCGCGUAUUCUUGAUGUUGCUGCGCGCAUGUAAGCUUGCAACACUGCCUUUCACACAUACC